AGACCAUUUCUAUCCGAUUUAACCGACCUGGAUAGCCCGGUAUCAGUAUUGUAACAAGUUUACCACCGUUAUCUUCCCGAAGACGGUCAGAUUGUUUCCACUCCAACCUUGUCCUGACAGCAGUGAACGACCACUCGGGAAUUCUGCGACACUGAGAGAUUGUCAUAUUAUGUCACUUGUGGGUAGGCUUCCUUUUUCAACCAGUGAGUUUUCAUGAACGUAUACAAUGUACAAUAUGAAUUACGAAAAUGCACUUUAAUCUGUAAUGUAGGCCUACUUCAGGUAUACUUCGAUGUUGAACUGGAGAUACCAGUCGCCUACAUGGCUUCGGUGAAAGGAAUGACAGAGAUACGGAGGUGACAUGCGACAUUACGAGAUCAGAAGGCUUUAUUAUUAUUUCCAAGCUGUUAAAAUGCGUGAUAUUGUGAACAGUGAAAAUAAGCCACAUCCGACGUCUUUGUAGGCCUCGGCUGAGUUACAACGUAACGUUUUCUAGCUGUUAUCUUUCUGGAGAUUGGCGGCUUGUCAACAUUGAAGUUGUCACAGGAGGCGGGUGAGGUCAGGCAGUCUGAUAAUGUCAACCACGUGAAAUACUGAUGACAAUCCUCCGUGACAUAACGACGUCGUGAUCUCUUUAGUGAGACUGUUGGUCAUAUUUAUAGCGAAAGAGAGCUGCCCCUGCGCUUGAUGCGAUAACAGAAGGUAGUGAAUUAUACAGUCAGAACAAACAUCCCGAUAUAAAGAGACAGAGAGUGAUAGACACCGAGGGAGUCGUCAAGUAAUAUAGUAUAUUCUGAAUUUAUCAUGAUUCAGAAACUCAGUACAACACAUAAAGGAAGAAUAUAUACAACACAGCCAGCAAUAGGAUGUAUUUUAGUUUUUCAUGAGCUUGAAAGGUUGAAUGGGAGUUUCGACUGUACUGCAAGUUUUCCCAACAAAAGCUCCGUCCUUAAAGUUUAAUUCAUAUUUCAAAGCAAAGAGAACACCUGAAAGUGAUUUAGUGUAACGUAUCGUACGAACAUCAGUAAGCAUGCUGCAGCAUUUCAUCUUCACAGUUAUGAUCCUGACCCACCACGUGUUAUUCAAACACGCUGUGUUAGGUGAGCCAAACCGGUACGCAAUAAUACCCGGCGACGUUUUGAUCGGUGCAAUAUUUCCCGUCCACGCCUCGGCCAGUAACCCGGAUUCCACGCAACACUCCUCUCACUGCGGCCACAUCCAGGAGCAGGACGGAAUCCAGCCUUUAGAAGCGUUGAUGUACACGGUAGACAAAAUCAACAGUGACUCCUCAUUCCUCCCCGGGUUCAGCCUUGGCGCCGUCUCUCUAGACAGCUGCGACAAUACCGCAUACGCGCUGGAGCAGUCGGUGGAGUUCGUCAAACUCCUGGUGGCUAGGAUAAGCGGGGAUGACGGGUUGUCGUACACGUGCCCGAACGGGACCAAACCCAAGCUUGUCCCAGGGUCGGUGGACUUCCACAAGAUGGUUGGCGUAGUGGGAGGGGCGUCAAGUACAGUGUCUAUAUAUGUGGCUAAUUUGCUGCAAUUAUUCAAGGUGCCACAGAUCAGCUACCUGUCCACCAGCCCCGACCUCAGCAACAAGGAGAGGUUCCCAUAUUUCCAGAGGACGGUGCCGUCUGACCUGAACCAGGCCCAGGCCAUUGUGGAGCUCCUGAAGCAGAAUCAAUGGACGUACAUCUCGGCGGUGUACGUGGACUCCAACUACGGGCUGAAGGGGUUCAGUGAGCUGGAAAAGAGGGCCGAAAAGGCCGAGAUAUGCUUUGCCCUUCGGCUCAAGGUACCAGUGGAUCCUAAUGUGGGGAAUUACAGGGAUGUUGUGGAGGCGUUGUUUGAGAAACAAGAAGCGCGAGUGGUUGUUCUCUACCUCGACACUCCCCAGGCAAGAGCGCUUUUCGCGGCCGUAAACAGUACACUGAACGGGAAACGGCAACGCCGCAACAAGCUGAUAUGGAUUGGCAGUGACGCCUGGAGCGCCCGCCAGAGUGUGGUAGAGGAGCUGGAACACGUGGUCGAGGACGCAAUCACUGUACAACCUCUGGCGGAGAUACUACCGGGAUUUGAUGACUAUUUUACCAGUUUAAACCCCAUCGACAACAAGAGGAACCCGUGGUUCCCUGAAUUCUGGGCCGAGCAUUUUAAGUGUGAUUAUGGCGGACAUUCAGGCGGAGAGGUAGUGAAUGAGUUCAGCAGACGAGAAUGCACAGGAAGGGAGAAGAUAUCACUUUCUACAGGUUACAGACAGCAGAUGUAUUUCCACUUCGUAAAGGACGCCGUGUACGCGUUCGCACACGCGCUGAAGAACAUGCACAGCGCGUACUGCGGCGCAAACUUCACGGGGUUGUGCGAGGCCAUGGAACCAGAAAAACUGAACGGGACUGCACUGUUGCACUUCAUCAAGACGGUGAAUUUUACUGAUAAAGCAUCAGGUCGGGAGUUCGCCUUUGUCAAUGGCGUGGACGGCCCGCCUCGAUACACUUACGUGCACUUUAAGAAGUUUAAAGGUUCGGAAUACCGCUGGCAUCUUGUGGGGAACUAUUCAGGUGUGUACGAAAUCCCCCAACUGGACCUGAGUCCGGUGUUCCUGCAGGAUCUGAGACUGUACCCUGCCUCCAGCUGCAAGGAGAAGUGUUCGCCGGGACAGGCGCAGGUCCAUCUGAAGGACAACUCCUGUUGCUGGGUGUGCACCAAUUGCACGGAGAACCAGUUUCUCCCCACACCAGACAAAUGUGACACAUGCGCACUUGGUACCUGGCCCAAUAGUCACUACAACGCGUGCGAACCACUUCCGCUGACGUAUAUGAGUCACGUGAACGGAUGGGGCAUCGGAUCGUGCGUGUUCGCCGUGAUUGGCAUGGUGGUGUGCAUUGUGAUUGGAGCUGUGUUCCACGUGUACCGUGACACGCCCGUCAUCAAGGCGUCGGGCAGAGAGCUCAGCUAUGUUCUUUUAGCAGGAAUAUUUCUGUCGUAUUCGUCUCCCUUGAUCUUUGUCGCCAAGCCCAGUGCCGCCACGUGCGCCCUCACGCGCAUCCUUCUAGGCGUCUGCUACACCGUCUGCUAUGCCGCCAUCUUGACCAAAACCAACAGAAUUUCUCGUAUCUUCUUACACGAUUCGAGCUCCACAACCAAGACUAAGUUUACUGAUCCCAAGUCGUCCCUGAUGAUCGUGUUCUGUUUCACAUCGGUGGAGCUGGUGAUUUUGGCGGUUUGGCUGAUAGCAAUACGGCCCGACAUAGCCCACAGCUAUCCCACCAGCAGAGACAAUAUCCUCAUAUGCGCUGGUGCUAACGGCGUCGGCUACCUCAUAGCUCUAGCCUAUCCAUUCCUUCUAAUUAUCCUCUGCACCGUGUAUGCCGUUAAGACGCGGAAAACUCCAGACGGGUUCAACGAGGCCCGCUACAUCGCCUUUACCAACUACACCACCUGUGUCCUAUGGCUGGCAUUCGUCCCCAUGUAUAUAGCCACGCCCACUCACGACAUCCGGGUUUUCACCAUGUGCAUGGCGGUAGCACUGAGCGGGACGGUUCAACUUGCCUGCCUGUUUAUGCCUAAGCUGUAUAUAGUGCUGUUACACCCUGAAAAGAAUACCCGAGAAGCCGUCAUGACCAAGAAACGGUCCAUGAGCAACACUUCGGGAUGGAGCAACAGCCAUAUGAUAUAUGGGGAGAAUAACGUCCACCUCACAAUCCCAGCGACAGAUAACCGAAGCUCUGGGAUCAUGUCCAUGGAUUCCGCCUUCAACUUGUCCCACGCCACAGACUCCAUAGGACUCGGCAGCACACCGCACUGUGCUUCUACUCAAGAGACGCAAAUCACGGUCGAAACGAGCGCUGCCACAAACGGCGAUGUUUUGAGAGAAAAUCGUGCUCGUACUCAUUCCUUAACUACUGAUCAAAACGAACACGAUCUAAAGAGAAAGUCUGGUUCUUGUGAUGGAGUAAAUCAAAUACAGAAUGAUACGGGGGUGUUUGGAGACAAUAACAUAUUUCCCACUUCGCGCUCAGAUCCAAAUCUGCUUUCUGUCACGUCAUUUGGUGACGGUAUAAUAAGACCUUUCGCCACGAGCACACCACGCACAGGAUCACGGGAUGUGCACGUGGACAGCACAAAGGAAGACCUUUCAAGUUGGAGGUCACUGCGACAAAUACAUUCCGCUCCAAACUCUAGACCCAGGUCGCCUGUGACUCUGCGAUAUAGCAAAUCUGAACGUUUAAGUGGUUCGCACCAACAGUUACACUCAAGAGACGAAGUCGGCAUUAGAACCCAUCCAGUAAUAAGUGCAUCAGUUGUCUCCAAUUUCCCUCUAGAUAUAUCGUCAGAUGGGAACAAAAGCCACUCUUUUGCUCAAGAAGCAACUACAUGUACGCAAAAAGCUCAGAAGAGAUUAGACUUUGAGGACGCUGACACAGGUGCCAAGAGAAACAAGAUUGGGAGUAAGAGAUAUGACCGCUGCAAUCAGGACGGGAACGGUUGUAUAUGAAGUACCUCUUGCAAAAGGUUCAUUUCUAUCGUAUUUGAAGUUGUUAGUGCUUGUUAAUACUAAGAUUUUACAACAUACACAACUUACUGCAUUUAUGAUCGGGCGGAACGAAUUACUUUGUAUCGCGUUGUCGGGCAAAUGGCAACAAUUUACCAAGUCUGCUUGUUCAGAACGCAAUAUGUGCAACAGAAAACAAGAAAUUGUGUUGGCGCUCGUCAUAUCUCUUUCAAGUGAAGCAAUUCCUUCAUAAAAACGCUGGUCAAGCAUUUGUCAAAAUGUCAAUUUUUUAGUUGACGUGAAUUUUGAGCUAUAAUAUUUUUCUUAUAUUUGUCUGUCUCUCUAUCCAUAUAAAUAUCCAUUGGUGCAUUUGCUUGCAAUGGAGUACGCACACACACACACGCGCACGGUCGUCGUUAUGCAUAUGAGAGGAUUACAUGCAUCUAAAUCAUUAUGUAAAUAACAAAGGUUAUACAUUGUACAUUCACAAAAAUUUAUCUGGUCAUUUCUUGUCUCUAAAACAUAUUCCCGAGUUUUUGAUUGCAGCAGAGAAGGCAAUUUCUUUUUCCCCUCAGGUGGCGCUAUAGUACGGUCUGAUAUGUCAAACAUGGCAAAAACUGAUCAAAAUGUGCAUUGGACCAUAUUAGGAUAGCCGGUGACCUACAUAAUGUCGUUUUAUUUUUGGGGUGGGUUAGGUCUUGGUGUUUAUUUUCUUCUGAUAUAUUUUGAAAUAUGUUGAACAUUAAUGUCUAUUCCAUGUAACUGUUUUGUUUGAUGAACUGAUAGUGAAGUUGUACCUGAUCAAAUAGUGGCGAGAACUGAAAAGAAAAGGCGCCAGCUGUAUCCUGCCUCCCCCAUGAAUAGAAUUGCUCCUUCACUCUAGAAAUACAUGUCACUUCUUCCUCAGUGCUGAGAGAUCAGGCAGUGGAUACGAGACGGUCUGGAUACUAAGUAUACAAAUAUUACAAUUUCAGUCGAUUCAAUAUAUGUCUAUGAUAGUGAUGUAAUGUUUUAUUUGUGUUUCAUUUUUGUAAUGAAUUUUGAAACCUGAAUGCUUUUAGAGUUGGUCAUUUCACAAUAUUUUCCAUCGUACUAUUUCGUUUCCUCCUACAUUUCAUCUCAUCACGUCUCCUAAACAUGUGAAAUGCUGUUGCACUUCUUAUUUGAUGUUUUGGUCGGUAAAAUAGUGAGGACAGUAAUUUUUUUUCGAGAGAAAAUGUCACGAAGAGGAAGAUACCGUGAAGUGACCUGUGGAAAAAAAACUUAGCCUAUAAUCAUGUAUAUCUUUAGUGACUGUCCGGUACUUAAUGAAAGGAUAUUAUGUUGGUAUUAUGAUAUAUGUCCAUUUUCAAAGUAAAGAACAUAACGUAAGCAUAGCAAUAUACGUCCUUAUGAAAUUUUGACAAGAUUCCAAAAACAAUGCUGUAUGUUUCACAUCAUAAAAAUGUGUGGGGUACAUUGCAGAUGUAGUGACAUGUGGCUGACAUAUUAGAGCGCAUUCAGAUGACCCAAAUGCGAUCUUAUAAGAUCAACCUUCCGAAGCAUAGGGGGCGAGCUGAGAGACCGAAAUGCUAUUUGAUGUGAAUGUUGAUUGCACUUUCGAUAUUGAUGACCAAUGCCUAUUUCACUCUUUUCAUUCAAAACGCUCUGUCCAGUUGUAUUUUUGAGUGGCUUUUGAUUUAUAUGGCAUCAGGAAUUUUGCAGUGAUUUACAAAUUGAAUAUUGACUAUUUGCAAUGUUGCUAAGAGUGGUCAUUAAUUUUCACCGAUUCAAAAAAAAAAAAAAAAAAAACUUUUGUUUCGGUGAUUCGCCCCUUAUGCCUUGAAACAUGUUCUUUGCUAAUUAAGAUAAUUCUCAGUUUGCUGCCUUUGCUUUUGUUGAAUACUACCAUUUACGAUUUUCUUCAGUUUGACAGCAAGUGUAAAAGUGUAACUAAGAUAUAAUGGAUUUCAGUAAGCAAAACUACUGACUUUAUCUUGGUUUAAUCCUUCAUUUGACUUUCUUAUUAUAGGACAUAAGUUUGUAUCUACUGGUACAAAGAGUGCACUUGAAGUUUAAGUUUACUUGAAGAUUCCAGCUACAUUAAAACCUUUUGUAUUUAUGCACAUUUUCACGAUCAAGUU